AUGUUUAGCAAAUACGGAAAAACAAUGCCAGAUAAACUAACAUUUAAAGAACUAUGGAGCAUGACCGAAGGAAAUCGUGUUACAUCUGACAUAUUUGGAUGGAUAGCGAGUAAGUUAGAGUGGGGGAUUACAUACUUUCUUGCUAAAGAUGAUGAAGGAUACCUGUCAAAAGAGAGCAUGAGAGGUAUCUUCGAUGGCAGUUUAUUCGAAAAACUUUCUAAAAAUAACGCAAGCAAUGGGAAAAAGAUACGUUGA